CCCCGGCUCGCUGGGCGGCGCGCGCACACGCAGACGCACGAGCGCGCGCACACACACACACACCCCGCGCGGUUCCACGCCCCUGACCGCGGCCCGGGCGCUGCGCUGCUCGGCGCGGCGGGAGGCGGGCGGGGACCGGGGGCGGGGGCGGGGGCGGGGGCGGGGGCGGUGGCGGCGGCGGCCGGGAGAGCGGAGAAGGCGGAGCAGGGAGCCGGGAGCGGGCUGGCCCGCGCUCCUCCUGCUGGCCGGGGAUUUUCCAGCCUGGGUGCUGACGCCGCGGACCUCCCUGCGGCCGUCGCGGACCAUGGGCGACAAAGGGACCCGAGUGUUCAAGAAGGCCAGUCCGAAUGGAAAGCUCACCGUCUACCUGGGAAAGCGGGACUUUGUGGACCACAUCGACCUCGUGGACCCUGUGGAUGGUGUGGUCCUGGUGGAUCCUGAGUAUCUCAAAGAGAGGAGAGUCUAUGUGACGCUGACCUGCGCCUUCCGCUAUGGCCGGGAGGACCUGGAUGUCCUGGGCCUGACCUUUCGCAAGGACUUGUUUGUGGCCAACGUGCAGUCCUUCCCACCAGCCCCCGAGGACAAGAAGCCCCUGACGCGGCUGCAGGAGCGCCUCAUCAAGAAGUUGGGCGAGCACGCCUACCCUUUCACCUUUGAGAUCCCUCCAAACCUUCCAUGCUCUGUGACACUGCAGCCGGGGCCCGAAGACACAGGGAAGGCUUGCGGUGUGGACUAUGAAGUCAAAGCCUUCUGUGCGGAGAAUUUGGAGGAGAAGAUCCACAAGCGGAAUUCUGUGCGUCUGGUCAUCCGGAAGGUUCAAUAUGCCCCAGAGAGGCCUGGCCCCCAGCCCACAGCCGAGACCACCAGGCAGUUCCUCAUGUCGGACAAGCCCUUGCACCUAGAGGCCUCCCUGGAUAAGGAGAUCUAUUACCAUGGAGAACCCAUCAGUGUCAACGUCCACGUCACCAACAACACCAACAAGACGGUGAAGAAGAUCAAGAUCUCAGUGCGCCAGUAUGCAGACAUCUGCCUUUUCAACACAGCUCAGUACAAGUGCCCUGUUGCCAUGGAAGAGGCUGAUGACACUGUGGCACCCAGCUCGACGUUCUGCAAGGUCUACACACUGACCCCCUUCCUAGCCAAUAACCGAGAGAAGCGAGGCCUCGCCUUGGACGGGAAGCUCAAGCAUGAAGACACGAACUUGGCCUCUAGCACCCUGUUGAGGGAAGGCGCCAACCGUGAGAUCCUGGGGAUCAUUGUUUCCUACAAAGUGAAAGUAAAGCUGGUGGUGUCUCGGGGCGGCCUGUUGGGAGAUCUUGCAUCCAGUGAUGUGGCUGUGGAACUGCCUUUCACCCUAAUGCACCCCAAGCCCAAAGAGGAACCCCUGCAUCGGGAAGUUCCAGAGAACCAGACGCCAGUAGAUACCAAUCUCAUAGAACUUGACACAAAGUCCUCUACUCCCCUAUUCAGAUUCACAUCCUCCUACCCCAGCCUUCUCCUGUGUGGGAUCCCCCAUGGGAGAAUCGGAGCUGACACUUCCUGGGAGAAAGUGAUGACGACAUUGUAUUUGAGGACUUUGCCCGCCAGAGACUGAAAGGCAUGAAGGAUGACAAGGAGGAAGAGGAGAAUGGUACCGGCUCUCCACAGCUCAACAACAGAUAGAUGGGCCGGCCCUGCCUCCACGUGGCUCCGGCUCCACUCUCGUGCGCUCGGAUGCUUAUUCGUCUUCUUCCCGUUCUGGUUUAUUUUCCCCUUUGUUCUUCCAGUUUCUACCAGGGGGGCCUGUGGCCUUCCAGAUCACGGUGAUGAACCUCUGACCUCAGGAUUGGCCCCACAUCACCAUGCCAACAGGACCACAGCACACCGGCUCCACCCCAUCUCUGCCAUUGCCUCUCCACUGCCCUCCUUUUCAUGCUGUCUCCCAGAAAAGCUGCCAGGGUUCUGGCCUUGGAAUUGGACUUGAGAUGGGGAGCAGACAGGGGAGGAUGGGGCAUGCAGGACACGGUGUGGUGGGCAUGAGGGCUUGGAGGGGUGGGGAUGAGGGCUCAAGACACGAGAGAAGAUGUCCACGGUUCCAGGUGGUUAACAAAGUUCUGGCAGCUAAAAGAUGACCGCAUUGAAGGCCACCUCCUUCUGGCUGGGAGGGGCAGACCUGUGGACAGAUUCUCAAUGCCUUUUUGAAGUUCUGACCCACCAAAGACCUUCUGCCUUCACCCUCCUCCCCACCCGAUGUCCCUCUGUGUCUGAUAGUGACGUUGGUGAAAGUUUGUAGACCACAGGAGUAGAGAAAAGCAACUGGAGUGACUUUCUUACCAGCAGUUACCUAGACUGAGGCAAGCUGUGUGGACUCAACAAAGUAUAUUUCAGUAGUGUCAGGAUGUGACAUCUUAGCUACCUUGUAUUUCAAGUGCAUGGGCCUGUCUAGAGAUAUGCAGAGAGAAAAGCAGAGGGAGGGAGGGAGGGCGUCUUCAGCAAGCACCAGCCCGCAGCAGAGUUAGCUGAAGCUCUUGAUGAGGGUUCCCGAAGUGGGCCGCUGGGAUAUGGAGGCAGGGGGUGGGGAGAGGAGAGUCUGCCUUAUGUCCCUUCCUUGUGGACUUCACAUGGUCAUGUAGGAAGUGAGGAUGGGGGUCUAGCGGGGGCUGAGGCCACUAGUAUCCUCCUGCUUCUCCCUGCCAUUCUCCAGGGCUGGACUGAACCUGCAGACUGGGAGAGUGUGCUUGAGGCCACCAUGCCGCAAAGGGGGUCCUAUCCCAGAAGGUGGCAGCAUCCAUGGAGAUAUCCUCACCCAAAGGGAAGGAGGCUGCUGGGUAGCAAAUAAGCCCCUUCUUUUCUUGGGGAGUUGAUGACCUCCAGUAGCUCCCAGUGUCAUGGGUACCCAGUACGCAUUGGCUGGUGUUGGCGUGAUUGAGACCUAGGGCAAUUCCUGGAGCAAGAAGCCAGAUGGGAGAUGAGGUAGAAAGUGUUAGGAGUUAUCCUCUUUGCCUGGCCUUUGAGAAUAACUUACUGUGUGACUUUGGGCAAGUUCCUUCCCCACUCUGCGCCUCAGUUUCUCACUUGGGAAAGCAAGGAGUUUGACCAGAUGAUCACAAUGGGCCUUCCUAGCUCUGGCCACCAAGAAUUUGGGAAUAUUAGCACUCCUGGUCUGGUGGGUGGAUCCAGAGCUGCUGCCUGGUCUCUCUGUCUCCAGAGUGGAUUUAUUGGACCUCAGAGGUGGCAGGGCCCUAUGGAGCACCAACUCCCCUCAACUCCACCCCCUGCCCAGGACUGGGAAGGGAUUGAUGUCAGGCUGUGGCCAUAGCUAGCCUGAGUUGCCCAAGGAGGAGCAGAGCAUGUCUUUGCUGAGGCUUGGCUGAGGGGCUUGUGAUAGGGCCUGCAGCACCUCACUGCCCCCUGUGGAUGCAGACACCCUGAGGUUUACCCAAACAAAUACAUUGAUUAGCAGGACAAGGGCUCUCUCCUCAGUUUCUGCUCCCUUCCAUCUCUGUCCCAUACUUGUCUGAAAAGGGAGACAAAAAAAUCUUAUGCAAGUGGCAUCUCAGUCCUUUCCAGUCCAGCACCUCCUGGGCAGGCAGUGCGACUUAUUUCCCACGGUGAAAUCACCUGUUUCACAAGCCUGGCAGUGCGACUUCUGAGGCUCAUGACCACUCAACCUAAGGGGCCCCUCCCCAGACCAGAACCAAGUCAGCUGGGGCAGUCGUACUGCCCGGUCUCCCAGGCAUCCAGCCCCUCCUAGAGCUUGCUGGGCAGGCUGCACCUCAUCUGGGCAGGCACAGAGCUGAUGAAAUGCUGGAGCAGUGCAUGGCAAACAUACACCCCUCCCCCCCAGUGUCUUCUGAAACAUUUGGGGCUGACACAAGACCCUUUAGUGUUUGGAAUGACCUCUUUCCUGCAAACCUCUUCCCCUAUCCCUAACGCAUGCAUGGAAAAGGUUUGUCAGGCUGGUUUCCCGAGCCUCCGCCUCAACGUCACACUCACCCUUUUGGGUUUAGCCCAGUGUUGUUUAGCAAAUUUCUCCAGCUGCAGGGAAGGAUCAGAGUACUAUCUUUUUUUUUAUUUUUCUCCUUGAGCCAGGACUGUACAAGGCAAUGGCCAAACGUAGUUGAAUUCAGCCUACCAUCCUUUGCUGAUGACUCAGCUCUAUGCCAAGUACGGGAGACAGAGAUGAGUCAGUCCCAGCCCCCAUCCUCAGGAAGCCCAUAGUCAGGGGAACGUUGUAGGGGGAGGUAAUAGAGGGCAAUUGCCUUCAGGGCUCCUGGUGGCUGCUGGUCCCUAUCGUACCUUGAUGUGAGUUAGAAGACAGUGCCCUUUCCAGGUGAUUCAGACCCACACUAGAAUGCGUAGCUUUGUGAGUGACACACAGGUUGGAUUUUGGCACCCCUUUCCCCUUGGCCAGGUGCCCUGCUACACAGCCAUGUGCUGCAGCCUCGAGGGACACACAGACCAAAGUGUUUCCUUCAGCUUCUUCCUGGAGAGGAAGCACCAGGUCAUGUUUCCAAGCUUCUGGUCAACUCCAGGCACCACCUCCCAGCCCCCAAACAUGGCCAAGUGAGUGCUUCUCUGCAGGGCCCCUUUCCCUUCUGGAGUCAGUCUGUCCAGGUGAGACCUUGAAGUGAAACUAGAGGUGGCGGAGCCUCACUAGGCCCCAGGCACCAGCCCACAGUACUGGCGGUUUCUAUACCAAGCAUUUGGGGCCUGCGCUGGCCAAGCCAUCCAUCACCGGGACUUUGUAGUGCACCCUGUGGGUGGCGUGUGGACACCAGUCUUGACAGGAAGGAAGAGCAUGGCCUGGUGAAAACCCACUGAGCAGAGGGCCAGCUGGCCCUCCUCAGCAUUCCACCCAGGGGAAGAGUUCAGUCCCCACGAAAAUGAGGACUGAGUUAUUUGGCUGCACCUCAGCGUCAAAGCUCAGCCCUGCUAGAGUGGGUUCACCUGGCUGCUGGUUUUGUGGGAGAGUUCCUGACAAGCUGGUUCCUACGUGGUGCAGUAAAAGGAAUUCUGUCCUGGAAGUCCCCAAUGCCACCUCUCAGUCCUGGCUGUCACCAAUCACCUGGGGGACUUGGGCAAGCUACUCAACCUCUGGGGCUCAGUUUCCCUAACUGUAAAAUGGGAUUAUAAUCCCUUCCCUUCCUGACGCAGGAAUUGUUAUGAGGCCCAGAUGAGACGAAAGUCAGCAGUCAGGGCUCUAAGUUGAACAUGGCUGCAUGGGUGUGGCCCUGCCACUGCAGGGAUGGCCCAAGGUCACACAGGAAGUUUGCUGCGGGAGAAGCCCUCCCCACCAGUCUUCAUCACUUGCCCUGCUUCUCACUUAGGUAGAUGUCAACCAGAAUGAGACACAGCUAAUUUGGCUUUGAUGACCUAGCUGAGCAGGAAAUUUAGACACGAUUCAGGAAUAUCAUGCCCAAAAAUAGUGGUCCCAUCAACCAGGACACAGAGGGAAGACAUGGAUAUUGUCAGUGAGUGGUGGAGGCGGACAUCUCGGACCCUCGUAGGUCUGGAGUCACAUCUCCCAUCUGUCAGAACCCCACAGAGGCCAAGGGGCCUUAGCUCUGACCCCAGGUUAAAGAGAGCCACCAGCCCCCAGGCUCAGGGAGCUGAAAUCACCCAUCUGCAGAAAAUCUAAGGGCAAGGAGAAAUAGAAAUUGCCUGUUCCUUCCCUUGAAAGUGUAAGGCCUCUUGUGGGAUCAGCUGGAGCUACCACGGCUUCUCAGUGACAUUGGGAGGGUUUCAGGCCCAGGGAAAACCUAAGCCUUUUGCCCUGAGAGCUGAGCCACAGCGGAUGCAUUCCCCCAGUGGCGUCAGCAGUCCAGAGCGGCAGCUUCUCUCCUGCCAGUCACUGGGGACUGGUUGUUCUCCAUCCAUCCAGGAGGAAGGGUUUAGGUCCCAGUCUUACACUCUUAAAGGGUCUCAUGGACAUAGGCCUAUGCCUGUUCUGAUACGUAUAUUUUUUAAACUCAAAAGGACCAAAACAGACUCCUGAACCCUCAUCUAUAUGGCCUUACGGCCUGCAUUGGGCCUGGUGUGUCUUCCUGGCCCAGGCAGCUCCAUCACUUCUGCCAUCCCUUCUGGACUAAAGUUGCAGGAUCCCCGCCUCUACCACUUCCCCAGAGGGUCACUGCACAGCGGCUUCAAAGAGAGGCCCUGUUGAAGGGGAAACAUCCUCCCCCCAUCACACUCCCAACUCGUCACCCCAAAAGGGAAGUCAAAGCACAGGUCUGUGGGGCCCAUGGUUUGUAGACACUGAUACAGUGGUUUUCUUUUUUUUUUUUUUUUUUUUUGAGACGGAGUCUCCCUCUGUCGCCCAGGCUGGAGUGCAGUGGCCCGAUCUCAGCUCACUGCAAGCUCCGCCUCCCGGGUUCGGGCCAUUCUCCUGUCUCAGCCUCCUGAGUAGCUGGGACUACAGGCGCCCGCCACCUCGCCCGGCUAGUUUUUUGUAUUUUUUAGUAGAGACGGGGUUUCACCGUGUUAGCCAGGAUGGUCUCGAUCUCCUGACCUCGUGAUCCGCCCGUCUCGGCCUCCCAAAGUGCUGGGAUUACAGGCUUGAGCCACCGUGCCCGGCCGAUACAGUGGUUUUCAAACCAGGUGCUGCGGAACCCCUGGUAUUCCACAGAGCUUUGUCAGGGGAUGCUAAGGUGGGAAGAUGGGAGUGGAGGUAAAGGAUAGGUUUCCAGCCCUCCUCCCAUUUCCACCUCCACCAGAACAACUCUGCUUUUAUUUGUCUUGCCUACUGAGAUUUCAUUUUCAAGCUUUCUUUGAAGAAAAACUUCAAACCACCAUCUCCAGGUUUGAUCUUAGACCAGCCAGCACAGGUUCUAUUCUUGCUGCUCAUGUUGGAAUGGCUCCAGCAUUCCAGUACAAAGUGUCUUUGUGUUGGAACCUGACACACACACACACACGUACAUAGUUGAUGUUUUUUCUAGCCAACCCACCCUGAAGCUCUGGCCAAGAUUUGAUUUGAACAGGGACCUGGUGCUCAGUGGGGAUGGGUCUUGACCCUGAUAUUGGCCCAUGAGGCAUGGGGAGCUCUGCAGCAAGGAAAGAGGCUCAAUCCCCCACCUAGGACUUGUGUCUGCACCCCUGCCUGACACCCCACUUUCCUGGCCCAGGCCCAAGGGACAGCAGGAGAAGCAGUGUGAUGGAGAGAGAGCCUAGGGUUAAAUUCAUCUUUACACAGAGCCAGAUGGAUGGAAAUCUUGGCUCACAUAAAAGACAGACUCAGGGAGGAUUUUAUGACAAAAUCCCUCCUUUGAGGGCAGGAUUCCCCCAGGAAUCCUGUACACUUUAGUGAGACAUGGAUCAGCCCGUGGUACAAAGUCCUGCCUGCCCUGCCCCCCACUCCCACCCCACAAGGAAUUCUAGGUGAAAAUGUGAAGCUCAGGGCACAGCAAGCGCAUGACAUGGGUGUAUUACAUUAGGUCCGAGUGUGUCCUUAGUUUCCCUGUGUGUAAAAUGAGGCUAGUGCCAGGCUCUUCCCACCUCACUGGGACAAUUGCAAGGGUCAUAGGAGAGUUGGGUAUGAUAGGUGGUCAUAUGAGGUGGUGGGUAUAAGAAGUGGGUGCCUCACAAACUCGGGGUGUGGUCCUGACCUGCAUGGCAGAUGAGGAGAGCACUUGGGAACGAGCAUAGGAAGUGCCGUCUUCCCGGGCAUCUCUGCUCCGUGUUAAGGUCUAGCCACAGACGCUAUGGGACCUGCCUCUUCCUAUGGAAUGGGGGCCUGCAUGGAUUGUGUCCUGGGGCAGGAGUGAGGGAUGGCUGGGAAGAAUCUGCAGCUCUGUGGCCCUUGUGUUGAGUGAUUAUUUUGUGACACUCUCAUUCCUGGACCACCUGCCAGGUUUAUCUGUUAUACCUGUGGCAUUCUUAUGUCAGACAAAUUAUUAUAGUUUAUUCAACUCUAACAAAUGAACAAAAGAAUAAUAAAUAGGAAGCCAUUAAAGGUCUUUUGUGGCAGAGGA